AUGUUUCGAGCUAGUGUGAUUUACUCUGGUGGUCAUUGGGACAAGUUUGUACUUUUGGCAGAGUUCACGUACAAUAACAGCUAUCACUUGAGUAUUGACAUGGUUCUAUUUGAGGAUUUAUAUAAUAGGAGAUGUCGUUCUCCGAUUGGAUGGUUUGAUGCUUUUGAGGUGAGACCUUGGGGUACUGAUAUGUUAAAGAAGUCCUUGGAUUGUGUGAAGCUGAUUCAAGAAAAGUAUUUUAGAGCUCAGAGUAGGCAAAUGGAAUAUGUGGAAUGGAAGGUCCGGCAUUUGGAGUUCAUGGUUAGCGAUCAGGUUCUUCGUCGUAUUGGUGAGGUUGCUUAUGAGGUUGGUUUGCCAACAAGUUUGUCAAGUGUUCAUCUGGUGGUCCAUGUAUCUAUGUUGAAGAAAUACCAUUCAGACGACUCUUAUAUCAUCCACUGGGACUCGGUAUUAUUUGAUCAGAAUCUAUUCUUCGAGGAGGAGCCGGUAGCUAUUUUGGACCGGCAAGUUAGAAAGUUGAGAUCAAAAGAGAUAGCUUUAUUUAAGGUGCAAUAG